CUGUAUUUUACCGUCAAACUAACCAGUCAGUCAAACAAACCACUCCACUCAAACUCAAACCUCACUUUUUUCGUUUAUUUUAUGAUUGCUACUAUUUUAGAUUUUAUGUAGAUUGCUGGAUUUGCUAAUAUAAGUUUGAAAUCUGCAAUUUUUAUAAGAUAUUUUCGUGGAAAAUACCACAACAAUGGCAGGGACUAUCCAUAAAUUAAUUUUGACCGUUGGAUUUUUGAGUAUGUUUCAUGCAGCCUAUUCAGCAGCACAACAUCACUCCUAUUUAAGAUUAAAUGAACUGGAAUUUACAAGAUUGCCUUUUGAUAUAAUUCUCCAAGCCAUUACCAGUUUGUUCAUGAUAAUGUAUGCAGUACUGAAUCUAGCAGGAGAAUUUAAAGAAAUAAGAGCCUCUGCUGAUUUGGAUAACAAAUCAUGGGAAACUUUCAGAAAUGUUCCUUCGUUCUAUACUUUUUGCCAUAGAGGCCAAUCACUUUUGUACCAAAACCCAGUUUCAACAUAAUAACACUUAGAUAUUGAUGUUUGAAUAAUUGUUUUAUUAUUAUUAUUCAAAUGUUUACUUAUAUACAUAGGUAUUAAUUCUAAAAAAUAAAUAAGUAAAUGAUAAUUAAAAAACUUGGGAAUAAGCUACUGUCCACAGUGAGUCUAUAAAUAGUGUCAAAAUCUAAUAAAAAUGCUUCAACUGUUCAAAGGUGACGAAAAAUAUAAUAUUCCAUGGUCCCAUUCUGACCCAUGUGGGAAUAAAACCUUUAUAAAAUGCCCAGAAACCUUCGUUUUUGAAUGUGUGCACAAAACAGUCCAAGGUUCCCUUGUAGAUUUUAUAAGGAACUGUAUUUCCUGCUUUUUUCAGUUUUCUUUGGUUCAUUAAACGAGUCUGAAAAUAAAAAAUUAGAAAUUGU